UGUGGGGCAUGGUCUUUCACCUGUCAGCCAGAGUUCUUAGCCAGGGUUGUCAUGCUGGGGACAAGCAGCCUGAAGACAAAAACCAAAAAUUACAUUUCACUGAAAAUUAGGAAGGAAGCUCUGUCCUGCAGGGAGAUACCUUCUCUUGUAUCUCUUUAAUCCCACUGUGUAUUUUCCCUCAGACAAGUGCAGGCAAGCUGGCAUGCCUUCUCAUAUCUGAUUGUUACUCCAUUUUUACACAUCAUAAUCCCAGUAAAAGUUGCUACAGGGCAUGUUAGGGUGCAAUUAGCUCCUUUACAGGACCAUCCCUAGCCAAUACAGAGCUAAAACCUACAAGCAUCCCUCAGAAGUCUAGUUCUCCACCACAGAAUCAGUAAUAAAGCCUCGUCUCACUUUACACUGUGAGCUGCACAAACAUUGAUCCAUGUUAGUUGUCACUGGUAGCUUGAGUUUGAAGCAGUCACACUUCAGGCCAGCAGCAGCCUGGAGGACUGAAAGGUAAGAAUCCUGUCCCCUCCCUUUCCAGGCUUGACCCUGACCCCAGAAUUCCCCCCCCCCCCGGCCCUCCUCUACCCCUUUCUCCCCACUUAUUUGUGACUGCCCCUGCUGCCUGUCCCAGAGGAGCAGGCAGAGAAGGGUUAACCUGCCUACCCAGCUGCCUCUGGGCUGCUGGGGAGGGUGGGGGCAGUGGGCCCAAUCUGGGCCAGUGGAAGAGGGUGGGGUGUUUACAUUAAUGUGUAGCCUAGAGUGGCUGCACCUUAAUGCAACACUAGCUUGAUAGCACAGAUGAGAGAAAAUGCUUAAAGCUAGCUUCAGAUAUGAAUGUGCAGACAAUCCAGGUUUUAAGAGCUCCAAGAGCUGCCCAAAAUCACCAUGCAAGAAGGCCCUACGGAGCCAAUAUCCUAUGGCACAGAAAUAAGUGAAUACUUUCUGCUUACCUUUAAAGCUUCCAAUUUAAAAUCUUUACUGGUAAAUGCUGGCAGUUGGGAGGUGAAAGAAGAGGAUUCACUGUAAACAGGGGGUGAGGACAGGUACAAGGGACAACAGAUGAAAGUAGGGUAAAUAAGUAACAUCCAGAGAAAAAAGGUCAAGACAGCAGCUGUUGGGUAGAAGAUAAAACAGGGUUAGGGACACAUGCAUAACCAUAUGGUCCUGCUGCUGAGCAAGCUUGAACAUUUUUGGUCAAGUUAAACAGUAAUGAUAACUAAUUAUAAGUUUAAAUGCAGAAAAGUGGUAUUGUACAGUUUAAUCGGAGCCAGUUCCUCCAUUUGUUUCCUGCUUAUACUUAACUCCGGUCAGGAAGAAUAAAGUGAGGUGCGUGUGAAAUUUAAAAAGCACCACCAUCCCUUUAGUCUCAGAACCACCAUACCCACUUGGCCUGCAGUGAAAAGUAUUUCUGAUGAAACAUCUCUUUGAAUGUUUCUCUCCUGUGGUAUUUCUAUGCUAAUAAAGGUUGCUAACAAAGUAGGAAAGCUCUCAAUGAGUCUUUGAGUAUAUUUUUCCUUUGUUACCACUAGAGGUAGUAACUCGCUCGUUUUUGUAACAAGAUAGUCCUUUUAAAAUGUUUUUUUUACACAAAUUAAUGGAGUGCCUAAUUCCAGCAUUGUGAACGCAAAUGCAAUUCCAUUUGAAUUUAAUCAGCUCUGAAUUUGGUUCUCAAAGCCUGUCUCUAAUGAUCAGUAUUGAAACAAACGAUUGCACUUAAUGGAGGCACAGGCGGUAACCGCAGGAACAAAACUGCACGCUUAUAUUUAACGCGCUGCUUGAGUGUAAAUCAAGUUUACACCAGAGUUGUAGGUGGGAAAGACAAUACCAGUCUAUUUAUUUGUAUUUUAUAGCACUUUUCAACUCAGGCUCUCACAGGAUUUUGCGAAUAUCAAGUCCUUAGACUUCAAAGAGGUUCUUGUGAAGAUAUUGGCGAGAUCACUGUUUACUGACCAGAAACAGACAGGGACUGGUAAGUGCUUCACUCAGAACGAGUGAGACAGCAGGAGAUCUGGGAACAGAACACUAAGAGUAUGGUCUGUGAUAGCCUAGUGGCUAAAGCAAGGCAACUGUUCUUUCAGAUUAGAGGCCAAAUUUCCCUUCACACACAGAGACUUUGCUGAGCUAAUGCUACAAAAUGUCCAGACUACAUUCUGGACAAGACCCAGCUUGUCACUUCCCACUAUUUUGGGGAGAUGGCAAAAUUCCCUCUGUUAAGUGAGCAGGUUGGCUCCUACCCCUAAGGGGGACACACCAGUGGUUUGAUUUGGAGGGAGGGUAACGUCCCAUUCAAACCAUUUCCUGACAGAGGAGGCAUAUUUCCCUUUCUCUUAUAUACAUCUUUGUGACUUACAUAUGUUGUUCCCAAAAACAGUAUUCCCCACAAACAGGUCAAUCAUUCACCCUAACCACCAAAAUCAAUGGCAUAAAUAUUAUCCAGAAGAGGAGCAGCAAACAGAAAUUGGUGACAAAAAGGAUCUCUGCAGGUUAGCUCCUCAGAUGAUAGCUUCAUCCCAGAAUUUUCUAGGUAAUGAAGUUCUCAAACAUCAAGUGAAAUGAUUAAACCAGAGAAGUCCUGACUGAGAAAACUCUAGCAAUUUCCUCCUUGGCCCUUCCUAUAAAAGGAACUUGCAUCAGGGUUGUAGCCAAGAGCUUUUUUUGCAUCACCCUUGAUCUGAACCCAAUGGCAGCAACUGAACACAGGUUGAACACACAUUGAAACACACUGGCUGCAAUACUUCAGCAUGUCCUGAUAACGUUAGUAGACUCAAUAAUCCUGUUCACUGACUAAUGGGCACAGUGGACAGUGAACAGGGUGGAGCAUUCAGGUUUGUAUUCUCAGUUCUGCACCUGAGAAGCCUUGACCCUGGCAAAUCACCUAUGAUUUCCAUCUUUGUUAAAGCAAUUAUUAUUAAGCAUGGGAACUAAUGCAUAACUCAGGUUAAGACCAUACUACCAAAUCUGUAACAAGGCUCAUUUGAAAAAAAUCGUAGCCUAAACUAUACUCCUUGCCCCAAAAGUCUUAAUGCCCUUCCACGCAGUUAGCAAACGUGAACAACACUACUUAGUGCCUUUGCGACACUGGUCCACAUUCUGAUCAGGCUCAGCAUAGCUAAGAUUAAAAUGAACAACAAAGUCUGUUCCAGCUUGUCCAUAACCAAAGCCAUUCAGAAUCCAGUCAGUUAAACCUGUGCAUACUCAGAUGACCUUUAUGUUGCCCAGCUGCAGUUGAGUGUAUUAUCUGAAGACAAUGGGAUUGCACAGGUGUCAUUCAGGGCCUAAUUUAGAUGUCCUACCUUAAUGAACAGCAACAAAGCAUGAAGUGCCAUUCUGACAUUUCUUUUUUGGAGUAGAGACAUACUAUAAGAAAGAAAGAUCAAACCAUAGAAGUCUAAGAGAGAGUACAAAACGUGUUGUGCAUUCUGUAAAACCAAUCUUGAAUGGGCUUCUAUAGGGCACUGCCCAACAAAGGAAGUUUAAAGAAUGAGGGACUAUGAAAACAGAAACACUACAAUAUCUAGCUUGCACAUUCCUACUUACAACAUGGUAACAAAUACCUCUGUCCCUGCCUUUUGGUUCUCACCGAGUUAUGCCUGUAUACCUUCACAAAGCUGAGAGUGUUACAGAGAAUGACUCCCCAUGCCUGAAAAAGGGUGACUACGCCCGAAAGCAUGCCAAUAAUUUUUUUUCCAACUACUCAGUUGGUCUAAUAAAAGAUAUCACAUCUACUCAAAGAACCUUGCCUGCCCAAGUACCUACAUAUCACAUUUACUGAAAAUAUUCUUUUGAUUUGCAGAAGUGUUUACCCCAAAGCCCUUUUACCAGAUUUUGUUGUUGACGCUGAGACCAAACAGGGACUAAGACCCCACUGUUCCCAGUUAAGUUAGUAAGAGAUGGUGCUGCUAAGUAACUCUGAGAAAGGCAUAAAACAAUUUAAAUACAAAAGAUUUUACAUUACAUACAUUUUCUUAGUAGUUAUGCUGAAGAAACUUGUAGCCCAUUUUCUACCAUGAUGUUUGGUUUAGAUCCAUAAUUAAAGGCAAUACAAGCUUUGCCUUUAUUAACAAAAAAAAAAAUUCACAACAGUUCCAUGUAACAGGCUACUAUGGUAUUGAGAAGAGUUUUGUUAACUAUAAGCAUGUGUCUUCAGUACAGAUUUCAAUACAAGAGCCUUACCAUUGUUCCAUUGGGUGCAGUGGUAGCCUAGACCAACUACUUGCAUUUUAACCACUUUGUUUAAAGCAAGUGUAAAUGACAGACUGGUUAAAACAGUGACAACUGUCUGGUGCCUUGUCUAAACUAGAGUCUAAACUAAACACUGUUGACAUGAGUGCAGGUGCGCAGUUUGAAAUUUGUAAAAACACAAAAUCUAAGCUGCAACACUGAUCAGAUACGGCUGUUUUACAAGAGAAAGGAAAAUUGUAAUCUGCAAGUUGCUGAAUGUUUAGCUUGGAGAUUGGCAGCAAAAUUGCAGAUGCUUUACAAAUGCCAUGCUUCAAGGCCCUAGACAUGUCAGAAACUGAUAACUGAUCAACUGAUCCUUUUUUGGACAAGUUUCAGAUGAACUCUAGGUAGGUUGCUUUGCAGGAAGCUCUGAUUUUCCUGACAUCAUCAGUGAAUGGACUUUAAAAUUAGAUUUCAGAAGUCUACUGGACACAUUCUAGGCUGGUCUAAAGAGCAGGACACAUUUCCAAGAGUGAACAAAGCAGCUACACAGAUCCAAUCUGCCUACACUUCAAGGGGUAUUAUAUUUAAAUGAGCAAAUUCUGCUCAGUGCAAGUCUUCUCUUAGAAUGGCAGAGGCAGCAAUCCUAUUUCUCUGUGUCUGCGUGCAACUGCUUGCCCUGCCCAUAUAUCUGCUAUCGUUCCUGGGCAUAUGGAAACCUUUUGGUAGUAAGGUCUUCUUCCCCUUUUUCAUUGAGAGGUUCUCUGAACAUUACAACCAGAAAACAUCAGUGCAGAAACGGGAGCUGUUUCACAACCUGCAGGAGUUCACAGGCUCUUCGAAAGUACUGAGGCUGCUGGAAAUUGGGACCGGCACUGGCACCAACUUCCAAUUCUAUCCACCUGGCUGUAGAAUUACCUGUUCGGACACAAACAGCAACUUCCAGCGUGGUCUUUCCAAGAGCAUGAACCAGAACCAGCACCUGCAGUUUGAGCACUUCCUGGUGGCUCCAGCGGAGAACUUGAACCAGGUGGCUGAUGGCUCCAUGGAUGUAGUGGUCUGCACCUUGGUCCUGUGCUCUGUGCAGAAUGUAGAGGAUGUCUUGAAAGAAGUUAAGAGAGUGCUCAGACCAGGUGGUGCUUUCUACUUCUUAGAGCACGUGGCUGCAGAUCAUUCAAGCUGGAGCUAUUUUUGGCAGCAAGUCCUCUAUCCAACCUGGAAGCUUGUGUUUAACGGAUGCUGCUUGACGAGAGAGCCGUGGAAAGAGAUAGAAAAGGCCAAGUUUUCAGAAGUAAAGUUACGGCACAUAAGUGUGCCCUUAGGGUGGACUCCUCUUGAGGCUCAUGUAAUUGGAUAUGCUGUGAAAUAAUUCUCAGUAUGGUUUAAAAUAUGAAUUGCUUUGCUUCUGUAGAAAGCAUAUAAUUAAUUUGGCAAUCAGGACUCGUAGUAGAGAUGAUCUCUUUUAUUAGCUAGACAAGAUCAUUGCAAAAAAAGUUCUGUAAUUGCAAGCUUUCAGACACAAACACCCUUCACCAGGCAUCGGAGAAAAGAUGGUACAAGUUCUGCUGGGUAGAAAUGAAAGUUCAUAUUUCAUAGGAUUUCACAGAGGAGUCAAUAGAUGGAAAACUCCUCUGGGCAGUCAUAGGUGCUCACUUAUGUCAUUCAUUUGCUUACUUAUGUAAUUAACUGUCACCUCUUAAACAAAUGGCACGAGAUGCAGUAACUGCAUGAUCUGAAUGCAAACACGACUCUACUUACUUUAAAUCCCCAGCACAGAAAUGAAAUGAGAAAUGAUCCCAGUAUCUAGACACCUUAAGCUAGAAAUAAACAUGUCCCAAAAGAAAAAAAA